UGUACAAAGUUAAGGAACAGGGAGGAGGAGCUCAAUGAGGUCAAAAGAAAAACAGCAAAAAGAGUGAAUAAAGACAUAGUAUAGCAACAGAAGCAGAACAGACAAGAGAGCAAGACAUGGCUGAAAAAGACAUGACCACAGAAGGACAUCAGAGGACAGAAGGAGAAGGACCGGUAGACACAAAACCCGGCCAGUCUGGGUGGAAGCAAUUCCAAUGUCCCAUAGCAGAUCCACACUUUCCCAGGAAAGAUAUAAAGCAGAUAUGGAAGGAAUGUCAGUACGAGAGCUUCUGGUAUCGAGCUCUUCCACUCUCUACCGGGAGCAUGGCUGUGACUGGUGGCCUCAUAUACAGCGGUGUCUGGAAACAGUCCAAGCGAUUUGGGUAUUUCCCUAAACUGCUUUUGGCGGGUAUUGUGGGUUAUGCAGUAGGCAAAGCUUCCUAUGUUGGGACCUGCAGAGAGAAGUUCAAUAAUAAACUGGGACCAGAGUUCAAAAAAAACUUUGGUCCUUCUGGAUUUGGACCUCGUGGCUUUAGGCAUGAACAUAAACACUGCAUCCAUGUGUGUGAAAAGUGCAAGCAACAAGAAGCACAAGCUGCAACCGCGCCUGAUGCACCCACUCAGAGCUAAGGCUCAGCAGGACACAGCUCAUCACUAUGUAUUUUUUAUAAUAAAAAAAAAUUAGUAAAAAAUGUUUUCUCCUUUUAAAAAAAGACGCAACAGAAAGCAGCUGAAAUCAUCCUGAAUGGACCUUAAAACUAACUAACCAGCAGGGGGCGCCAAGACACUGCAGCUAUGCACUGCUGUGGACAAAUUAGACAACCUUUGUGCAGCACGGUUUAUUUAUUGAAAUGAGCCAUAGGUAUGUCAAAUGGCAGCGGUGUUUUAGCACUAAUAGUUGUGUUUGUGCAUGAAGUGGAUUUGAGGAAACAAUGUAGUGGCGUGCAGUGGUGUUCUGAAAUGGGGAGGCACAAUUUUUAUUUAUUUAUGAAUUCUAUUUUGUAAUUUUACAUUAACAAUGUAUUUGAUGCAAAAACUUGAGAAAAUGAGAUCCAGGCAGUCCAGCAAUGAUUAUGUCAGAGAUCAAAUUUAAAUAAGGAAUAACAACUUUAUUAAUUGAAAAUUAUAUAGACAAACAAAUUCAUUAAGUAAUUAAUAGUUAAUAAUAAAAUCUAGAGUAUUGUAGAAUCCAGAGUAUUGUAUCUGAUAGAUGAAGAUCAGAAUAUAAAGAAAGAAGGAACAAAAUUAAGACAUUUGCAGAAUGAAAUGAGAGAUAGAAGAGAAGAAGCAGAAGAGCAAAGGAAAGCAAAGGAAAAAGCUAAACUAUCUACGACUCAGUCCAUUUUAUACCAUAAGCAUAGGGAAAUUUACAUCCCACUCAAACUUAUGUUUUGUUCUAAUAAGAAAAGGUCAAAUGGAUUUACCCAUUAUGUCAUAGACUGGUCAAGUGUCAAAAAUAGAUAUAGGGGUUGUUUUGACCCCCUUAAGGGAAUUUUGCAGAUCUUACAUUAUCACAUGUCAGCAGAAAUAGAAAUGGACAUAUUUUGAUACAAAAGUACAUUGAGUUCAAAUGAGCAACUAAUUCCGAAAACAUCGCUUCUGCAGUACAUGGCAGACGUCCAAUAUCUAGCCACAAACGUGUCAACAUGACCUGUCACAUUGGAACUCUUGAAGAACAAUUAAAUAUAACAAGCAUACAUACUCUUAAAUAUAAAAUAAGAAUAACCAUAAGGGGUACAAUAAAGAGUAAAUACUUGAAAAUAUGAUAAGGAUUAAUAUAUGGAGUAGGAGUACAUGAAUAUAUGAAAUCAAAAGUAAUAUUGAUAAAUUAUAAGCCAUAAAUGAUUAACAUAAAAUAUGAAUAAAAUGCAUGAAUAUGAAUAUUGACCAUUUUGGAUCCACCAGUAUUGUAAUAAAUGUCCUAUUUAUCAAAACUAAGUCAAUCUCAUCAAGUUAGUGUUUUAAGCAUUUCUACAUUCAUUCCAAAAUAAUAACUAAAGGUAAUAAUAAUUUAAACAAUAUAUUUUAUUUGUGUAUUGAUGUUUUUCUUUUUAAUUGUCAACUUAGGCUAUUUUGGAUCACCAGUCAUGCUCCGUAAACGCCGUCUGUCACAGACACGAAUUGUAUUUUUAAUUUCACCAAGCUGAUUGCACUAAAAACCCCCGCAGUCAUCAUGCUUUCAGUCUAUUUCAAGUUUGAUUUUGACGUGACAUAAAGCAGUGAUAUCUAACUGGGUGAUCUGUUUACUUACUUUUCAAUUAGUCUUCCCAUUGACACCAUCAUUUGUUCAUUCAAACUGACGCGCGGAACGUGCACGUAAACAAGAGGCGGGAUUUAUCGCACAAACCAAUCAUAUCUAAUCAUAACCAAUUACAUCCAAUCAUAGCGCGAUGGAGACAUUGCCUCCUCUCACGUGACUUUCCCCCAUUCAUUCUCAAUUACCCCCCACAAAACACACCGCACGCCGGGGGUCUGAUGGUUUUCUAUGAAUGGAAAGGGAGGCAUGACUCCUGCUGUAACUUUACCUGCGGGUGUCGCUGUUGGGCAGUGUUCCUCAAGAAAUAUGAGUGACUUGCGCUCUUUUUAAUGUCAUAAUUUGUAAUAUUUGUGCUGUUUUAUAUGUAAUAUGGAUUAUUUUCUCAUCCUAUUUUUUUGAGGAGGCACUGCCUCCCUUGCCUCCUCGGAGAAAACGCCCCUGGUUGUUAUAUAUUAUGUUCUCAAGUAGUGUCAAAUCUGGUACUAAAGAAUCCACCUCAUAAUAAGUAUAAUGCUCUUUUUAAGAUCUUAUACUGUUAUGUACCAAUAUUUGCUCAACUUUUCUGAGCUUUUGUUUAUAAUGUAGAGAGGGAGUGGAGGUUUCUGAUCAAUUUUAUGACAUACCUUUUAUGAGUUGGAUCAUAAUAUUGUACUGCAGAAAGAAGUCAUCUUGAUCUCUCUCUUUAAAAAAAAAUUAUAUAUAUAUAUUUACCUUCACAAACAAGGAUCAAAGUACAGUGAAUGAAUUACAGAUGUCACAGGCUUUAUUUGAAAUUUAAUUGCCAAUCUUAAUUAAAAAAAAAAAAAAAAAAAAGUUAAAAAAGACUUUAAACCUCAGAACACACAUAUCUUUCUCUCUUAUCUCCAGCUCAGAGGACAUGACUGUAAUAACUGUAACAUCAGUGAAUGAUGUCAUUAUUAUCAUGGGUCCAAGUCUAAACAUCUCUACUGUCAUAACCUACAACAUUGACAUAACAGUCACUUGUGCACAGACUGGAUAAUCAACCUCAAUGCUUUUAUUACAUGGUUUAUAUUAAAGAAUAUUAUAUCUAAAA